CAGCAACGAAUAACAGUCUACAAUUGGCCAGGAUAGGGGUUUAUUAUGGAUAGUCGGCUUUCUAUCUGAAGAAAAGAAUUGUAAGACCAGCUCCUGUCUGUUUCAUGUCUGUUUUUGCUUGCCGGCCAUCGCGGUGGAGGGGAGUUGCGCAUCCCCGACCGGCCCUCGUCCGCCCCAAUAAAGGCCACAUGAUUUGAAGAAAUGAAAGCGAAAUGGAUUUGAAUUGACAAGAAUCUCCCAGUUACGCCUCCUCGGCAACCUAUAUCUUUCGUCUCUGAUCACCCUUGAUUGUACCAGACAGGUUGUGUUGGAGAUCUAGCACCAUGUCGUCGUUGUCUGUCAAGACUAUCCUUCAGCAGGCCAACACCAAGAAGGUGGUCGCUGGUGUGGCUUUGCUGUUCAUUUUAGGAUUCUAUUCCCCUGUCUUUGAGAUGACUCUGUCUCCUGUGUAUGGAGCUGCGGCGUCGCAUAUCUUCCACGGUUAUGGCGUGGGUGUUGUUGCAGGCUGCGGAUGGCUUCUGAAAGACCACGUCCGCCGAUUGUCCAAUCGACGGGCUGUCUAUCUACUUCCUGCGCUAGCAUUUUGGGUUCCCAGUAUCCAGUACUUUGUGACCCAAGGAAGCUCGUCGCUGGGAAAUCCGACUGGACCUGUCAUCACGGAGCUCUUUACCUUCUAUCCUCUGGUUCUAUUUACUGUGGCAUGUGCUGGAAAGCUGCUCCAGUUGGGUCUCAAACUGCAGCCGCAUGGUGACAUCGUCUCAGAGCAUGUUCCUCUUCUGGGAUCUUAUAUCAUCUACUCUGCAGGAGAUCACUUUGCUAAGGCAUUCCUCUCAAAGUUUCUGGGCACGACUUUUCUUCUGUCCCGAUGUGGUCUGCAGUUUUUAGUUGGUGUGUUCUAUGCUGCGGUCAUCCCAUCCAAAUGGCUUGUGCUUGCCAUUCCAUCUAUUCUUUUCUCUCUCACUUCCGACGUGCAUUUGCCUCUGGGACAUACCACUGCGGUGCUGAACUCCGCCCUUCAGGAAGAAGGCUAUGCCCUUUUGGCUAGACAGGAUUCAAACACUGGCUACAUCUCUGUUUUGGAGAACAUGCACGAUGGUUUCCGCGUCAUGCGAUGUGAUCACAGUCUUCUUGGGGGGCAGUGGACGAAAAUGCCCGCGAACUAUCAUCCCGCUGUGAAGGACCCUAUCUAUGCUGUGUUUGCCAUGCUGGAAGCUAUUCGUCUGGUCGAGACCGAUUCGGGCGAAGCUCGCGCAGAUGCUAACACCAGAGCCCUUGUUGUUGGACUCGGAGUUGGCACCACUCCCGCUGCCUUGAUUAACCAUGGCAUCGAGACUACUAUUGUCGAGAUUGACCCUGUUGUUCAUAAAUUUGCGGCUGAGUAUUUCGAAUUGCCAAGCAACCACAUUGCAGCCAUUGAAGACGCGACGACCUUUGUCAAGCGCGCCCAGUCGUCUUUGGAGUCCGCCAAGUACGACUAUAUUGUCCAUGAUGUAUUUACCGGAGGUGCAGAGCCUCUUGAGCUCUUCACCAUUGAAUUCCUGAGAGAUUUGGACUCGCUCCUCAAGCAUGACGGAGUAAUUGCUAUCAACUUCGCCGGAGAUCUCUCCCUCUACCCAGCCGCACUUACCGUCCGCACAAUCCGUGCCGUCUUCCCAAGCUGCCGGUUCUUCCGUGAAGAUGCCGUCGCGGAAGGCCACGUGGACUUCACAAACAUGGUCGUUUUCUGCAAGAAGACCGCCACUCCUGUUCAGUUCAGAGAUCCAGUCCGGGCCGAUUUCUUAAGUAGCAAGUCUCGGGAGAACUACCUCGUGCCCAAGCAUGAGGUCGACCCAUCCAUCUUUGACCACAUCGAGAAAGGCGGAAAGAAGGUCUUGAGGGCCAAGGAGACUGGGCUACUUCACAAGUACCAGGAUCGUAGUGCUUUGGCCCACUGGCAGAUUAUGAGAAAUGUCCUGCCAGAUGCGGUGUGGGAGAACUGGUAAAGUAUUCGAGUAUGCUUAGGGAGUCAUCGAUGAUACAAAAGCAUAAAGAAUGUUCCUAGGCUAGCUGUAUAGUACCCGUGGUGAAUUGUCUAUCAAGAGUGAAGCUUGGACUUUUUGUUGUGCACAUAGUGCUAGUUUAUCAAACGAUAAUAUUAGCUGUACUGCUAUCUCAAAUCUUCGCUUUGCCGGUAAAAGUCGGAGGGGAAUCGCCAAAGACAAUCCUGCGAUCCAACUCAACGCUCUCCUUUGAUACAUCAUCCUUGCCAUCUUCCAUAACCGCAAACCCAUAGAGAGCUCUCUCCUUUCUCUCCAUCCACCUCCGACUCACCUCCCGGGCUACUUCAUUUCCAUCUCUCGCCGCAUCAGCAGCAAGCAACGUAGCACAAAUAAGCCAGCCCAG